CUUGGAGGGCUCGGCGAAACUUGGAAAGUCACGGAGCAGUUCGUCGUCGGGUGCUACUUAAGUACGAACCGCAUCUACGGCCGAUAACAGCUUCACAGCACCGAACUGCGGGGGGAACGUCUUCGUGUAACAGAGCACCGCCGCCUACGACACGGCAGCAACCCUCAGUUGAAAAUGUGGAAAGCAACAUCAUUUUUCUUCGUAGCUUCUUAUAUGGGCCUCUGUCAUUCGCAGCUGAAACCUGGCUGCGAGAAAUCGCAGCUUCGCGACUGCGGUGAGGACUACCUGGUGUACAGCAAUAGCACGCGGCUGCCAGAGCCCGACGAGCCCGAGUUUGAGGCGAUCUGCGAGUUGUUCCGCAAGCAGAUUGCCUGCACACUCGAUUUCUCGGAGAGAUGCCUGGAAAGCGGACUUCCACGCGUCGUGGCAUUGGUGGGUAUGGAAGCUGCGGGCGAUGACUUUGAAGCCGCUUGCACCAAAGGCACUGACGAACACGAAAUGUACAAGAACAGCAUCAAGUGCAUGAACGCCGCCGGGCACAAGCUGAACCUGUGCUUCGAUGUCCUUCGUGAUGGCUUGGGUGACAGCCUUGGAGCUCCGCCUGGAAGGACCGUCCACUACACCUGCUGCACGUAUCAUAACUUCAUGGACUGCAUGGAGCUCUCCGUGGACGGAUGUGAAUCGGGCUCGAAGGCCAAAGAAUACCUGGCUAACGUCAUGGAUCGCAUCUACGGACAAAUGUUGAGUCUCGUGUGCGGACGGUACACCCGGGGUUCCACUCACUGCCACGCCUUACCUAAACUACCACCUCAUGCUGGACCAAAACAGAACCUCUUCGACUUGCUCAUCGAGAUAUCGACUGCCUUCACGAACCCGAAUAACUAGUCCGCGUAUCCAUGUGUAAUAAAUUGCAUCUGUUCCUGCCAAGUCUUCAUUUCAUUUCUUUAUUU